AUGAAUGACAGACCUAACUAUUUUUCAACAACAACGCUAGAACAACAACAAAAUAAUAAUAAUAAUAAUAAUAAUAAUACAUAUAAUAGUAUACAACAACAACAAAUAAGAUUUGGUAAAUGUUCAAUAAGAGAGGAUCAAAGUGAUGCAUCGUAUAUAUCGUUUCCGGAUGAAUGCCCAGUUGAGGUGAUCCAUUUAAUUUCAGCGCAAGAACAUUCUCAUAAUAUCGAGUUGAUCAAUAACCUGACAAUCAAUUAUCGUGUACGCAAAAUAGUCUAUAUCCCAUUGAUUAUCAUUUGUUUUUGUUUUAUAGCCAUCUUUGAAUCCAUUGGCAACACUGGAAACCGAAAAAAGGAUAAAAUAUAUUAUCAGAUUCCAGUCAUCUUGAUCAUUGUUCUUUCCUUUAUCAUAGUUGCCAUUAUUCAUAAAAAUCAAAUUAAAAAGUUAAAGAAAAAAGUAAAGAAAUUAAUAGUUGUAAUUAAUACAAAUAUUAGUAGUAGUAAUGGUAGCGAUCCAUUUAAAAAAUUAUUAAAAUAUUCUUUUCAUGAAUUGGAUUCUGAUAAUUAUCUUAUCAUUGAUUAUCCAAUAAUCCCCAACAAUAAUAAUAGUAUUAAUAAUAAUAACAAUUACAACAACAAUGAUGAUAAUCGUAGCAAUAUUAUAAAUAAUAAUAUUGGCAUUAAUCAACAAUACCAACAACACCAACAAGAACACGUAUAA